UUAAUUAUUCUGGUCUUAUCAGGUAACUUUUUAUGGAGGAUGAAGUCGUUUCCAUUGAGACCGCUCAGGUCGAGGGUCUCCAGGACAGUGGAGAAGGAGCAGAGCUGCUCCAGACUGCAGAGGCUGCCCUGAUGGAGGGGGGUGUGGCACCCGAAGAGGUGACAGGGAAUGUUGAAAUGAUGGUGAUGGACACCCUGGACUCGACCCUUGACCCUGCCCUGCUACAGAUGAAGACUGAGGUCCUCGAAGGGGGCGGUGCGGUGACAGUCACCGGGGGAGACGAGGGACAGAUCAUCACCCUGCAGGUAGUGAACAUGGAGGGGAACAUGGAACAGACGAGUGCAGCGCUGGGGCUUGGACAGCUGCAGCUGGUGCAGGUCCCUGUCACUACAGCCACCGUGGAAGAGCUCCAGGCCAGCUUCGUUGACGCCUCGGCAGGCAAUACUGAGGCAGAGCCAGUGAUCUGCCACACCCUCCCUCUGCCCGAGGGCUUCCAGGUGGUGAAGGUGGGGGCGAAUGGAGAGGUGGAGACAGUUGAACAGGAAGAACUGCAGGCAGCCCAGGAUGAGCUCCAGAUGACCCAUGGGGAGGAGGAGGAGGAAGUUGAGCCCCAGGUAGAGGACCAGACCUGGUCCAAAGACCCAGAUUACCAGCCAACUGCUGGCAUCCGCAAGGGGAAGAAGGGCAAGAAGAGCCGCCUGCGUUACGGGGAGGGGGAGCGGGACAUGGACGUGUCUGUGUAUGACUUUGAGGAGGAGCAGCAGGAGGGGAUGCUCUCUGAGGUCAACGCCGAGAAAGUUGUGGGCAACAUGAAACCGCCCAAACCAACCAAGAUAAAAAAGAAAGGUGUGAAGAAGACGUUCCAGUGUGAGCUGUGUAGCUACACCUGCCCCCGGCGCUCUAACCUGGACCGCCACAUGAAGAGCCACACAGAUGAGAGGCCGCACAAAUGCCACCUGUGUGGGAGGGCCUUCAGAACGGUCACACUGCUGAGGAACCACCUCAACACACACACAGGCACUCGUCCUCAUAAAUGCCAAGAUUGUGACAUGGCAUUUGUGACUAGUGGAGAGCUGGUGCGUCAUCGUCGCUACAAACACACAUUCGAGAAACCCUUCAAGUGCUCCAUGUGUGACUACGCUAGUGUGGAGGUGAGUAAACUGAAGAGACACAUCCGCUCCCAUACAGGCGAGAGGCCCUUCCAGUGCAGUCUGUGCAGCUAUGCCAGUCGAGACACCUACAAACUGAAGAGACACAUGAGGACACACUCAGUUUUGUUGAUCGAUGCUAAAGUGAGAAAGCCGUAUGAGUGCUACAUCUGCCAUGCUCGUUUCACACAGAGCGGCACCAUGAAGAUGCACAUCCUGCAGAAGCACACAGAGAAUGUGGCCAAAUUCCACUGCCCCCACUGUGACACUGUCAUCGCCCGCAAGAGCGACCUGGGUGUGCACUUGCGGAAGCAGCAUUCGUUCAUGGAGAUGGGCAGGAAGUGUCGUUACUGUGAUGCUGUGUUCCACGAGCGUUACGCACUCAUCCAGCACCAGAAGUCCCACAAGAAUGAGAAGCGCUUCAAGUGCGACCAGUGUGACUAUUGCUGCAGACAGGAGCGUCACAUGAUCAUGCACAGACGCACACACACGGGGGAGAAGCCGUACGCCUGCAGCCAAUGUGAGAAAACUUUCCGGCAGAAGCAGCUGCUGGACAUGCACUUCAAACGCUACCAUGACCCCAACUUCAUCCCCACUGCCUUCGUCUGCAGCAAGUGUGCCAAGACCUUCACUCGCAGGAACACCAUGCUGCGUCACGCGGAGAACUGUAACGGAGAGAACACCGGCGACGAGAACGGAACCCCGCCAAAGAAAGGCCGCCGCGGCAGGAAGAGGAAGAUGCGCUCCAGACGGGAUGACGAUGACGACGACACCGAGCCUGAGCUGGAUGACAUUGAGGAGGAGGAGGAGGAUGAGGAGGAGGAGGAGCUGCUAGCUGAGAUUGAGGUGGAGCAGGCACCACCUGUUGACCCUGUCCCUGCCCCUGUGGGCCCGCCAGCCAAGAGGAAACGUGGAAGACCUCCCAAGCCCAAACCUGCCCCAACGGCGGCAAUCAUCCGUGUGGAGGAUGAGACCACAGGCGAGGUGGAUGACAUCAUUGUGAAGAAAGAGAUGAAAGCUGAGCAGGCGAGCCAGGAGGAAGAAGCUGUCGUGGAUGAGGAGCCGGCAGUAGAGGUGGAGCAUGCUGAAGGAGAGCCUUCCAAUCAGGUAGAAGAGUCAUUCCAGGGGGAGGAGGUGGUGCAGGAAGUGGCACUGUCGGUCACAGAGGCUCCGCCCAACGGUGACCUCACUCCUGAGAUGAUUCUCAGCAUGAUGGACCGGUGAUGAAGACGGAGCCUCUGUCUGCAUCCAGCAAUACAAAUUGUCCCGUUUGUACACUCACAUACACCAUGUACCCACUCUCAAACACAACACACGUACCUUCCCUCGCAUACACCAUACACGUAUACCACACAUAUACACCCCAGUUACGUAACCUUAGAUCUUUCUCUCUCUGAUGUUGAUGAUAAUGCCUGGGACAUGUCUAAAGAUACCUUUAGCCCAUUCUAUUUUUUUAAGAGCUUAUUUUCCUCUCUCGUGAUCUCUAUCUACAUCCCACUGCGAAACACCUUACACCCUCAUGUUGAAUUAUGUGUGUAUACAAAUCUAGAUAACAUUAUGCAGACUGUUGUCACUGGAAAAUAUGUAAGGAGAGGGGGUGUGGUUUAGAUCAUGAUAAUGUAUUAUGUCAUAAAUCAUGUGCUCAUUCUGCUGUCAAUGAUGUUCUAUAGGCCCUCAGAGAAUGCUUUCUCUGUAGCAUAUUUUGGCCCACAUUUGAUCUCAUGUUGGCCCUCUCCUCGUGCUCUGUUGUCUGUCUAAAAACAAUGAUGUGCUUUCACCCUGUUAGGGGAUCAAAGUUUAGGGAUGACCUGAAAUAUUCUGCUUUUACAAAAUGUUAUGCUGUUUUCAAAUGAAACACAAUACCUUGCUCAUGUUAAAGCUUUUAGAAUUGAUUUGUUUUUUGGUUUGAUGCUUUUUUCUUUUGUACCAUGGAAAUGAAAUGCUAGGGGGCUUGAAUGGCAAUGAUAUGAUUGGAGGGGUGAGAGAAUGUUUGACUGUACAGCCAAUUAAAAAUAAAAAGAUCAACCUAC